UAAUUUGAGUUGUGCAGAAAUUUAAAAUGGAGACGGAUAUUGUUCUGGUUGAGACCGGCUGUUGUGGCCAGUAUGAUGUGGCCCUGAAGAAGAAUGGCUUCAGAAUACAUAAACAGGACAUUCCAAUGAGCACACUUCCAUUUGGUCUUCCUCCAAGGCUUGAAACAGAAACUGCCAAAAUUGAAAAAUAUCUCACAGAACCGGAGAAAUUGCCAAUCCAAGUCUACAAGCGGUGUCAAAAGUUCUGGCCUCGGACCCCCUGCCCAGAGUCUUUAUACAAUUUGGACCAUGCUCCUGUUCAGACUACAAUUCAAGUUGAGAGAAACCCAACGACAGGAGAAUUCCUGUCCAUAAAGGAGGAAUACGUCCCAGAUGCGGGAAGCACGGCACAGAAUUCCACAUCCCUGAUGAGGCCACCAGGAUCGCCAUCGUUGGGUGCUAAAGGUAGCGCCACCAAUUAUCCAUUCUGGCCUGGUGGCUUGGAUGAACCAACGCUUGAUAAUGAUAUCAUACCUAUUUCUGAUGCUGAGGCUGUUGACUUUGAAAAUAAUUUGCUGACAACGCCACCUGGAUUUUCGAUGGGAAUGACUUUUGGUGACAAAGUUGAUGAGUCAGGGUCUGUGAAUGACAGAAUACCCAACAUUCCAGUUGUGGCGCAUCUCAGCACCAUCAGUAUCGCAGACGUUCUCACAAGGGCUGAUGCAUUUGAGUUUUUCCCAGAGAAACAUCCAAGAAGCAAGGUAGAAGAUGAGGAGGCGACAGCUGCAUUAGUUAUUCCAAGGUCUGAGAGCCUGGAAAAUAUUGUAAAAAAGGUCGAGGAUGCUCCAAAACCAGCACCUUGGGUUGUCGAAGAGCAGAAGAAGGUUUGGGGAAUCCAUGUCGAUAUCAGCACACCUGUUGAGGACUUCCACAAGAGAAUACCAGAAAUGGCAUACAAGUGGCCGUUUGAGUUGGACACAUUCCAGAAGCAAGCGAUCCUUCACUUGGAGAACCACGAGAGUGUGUUGGUGGCGGCUCACACGUCUGCUGGCAAGACAGUGGUGGCUGAAUAUGCCAUAGCUUUGUCCAUGAAGCAUAUGACAAGAACUGUGUACACUUCACCAAUUAAAGCGCUGUCCAACCAGAAAUUCCGGGAUUUCCGGCUGACUUUUGGUGACGUUGGUUUGAUCACGGGAGAUGUUCAGAUAAAACAGGAAGCAGCCUGCCUGAUCAUGACUACAGAGAUCCUCAGGUCUAUGUUGUAUAAUGGUUCUGAAGUGAUUCGAGAUUUAGAGUGGGUUGUCUUCGAUGAGGUCCACUACAUCAACAAUGAAGAGCGUGGUGUCGUUUGGGAGGAGGUACUGAUCAUGCUUCCACCUCAUGUCAAUAUUAUCAUGCUAAGCGCUACUGUUCCAAAUACAAUCGAGUUUGCUGAAUGGGUCGGGAGAACAAAACGUAAGAAGAUCUUUGUGAUCAGCACGUUGAAGCGGCCCGUUCCACUUGAGCAUUACCUAUACACCGGCAACAGCAACAAAACAAGUAACGAACUUUUCCUCCUCGUGGAUGCGGAGAAGAAAUUCCUCACAAAUGCUUACACCAAAGCUGUUGAAGCCAAGAAGGAGAGACAAAGCAAAUCACAGCAGAGUUUUGGUCCGAAGGGCCAGAGAGGUGGUUCAGCCAGUCAGGACAAGAAUGUCUGGUUAUCUGUGAUCAACAUGCUGGAGAAGAAGGACAAACUACCUGUGAUUGCGUUCACGUUGUCGAGGAAGAGAAUUGAUGAGAACACACAUCAUCUUCAGAGCGUCGACUUGACAACGCAGAAGCAGAAAGCGGCAAUCCAUUUAUUCUGUGAGCGGUGUAUCGCAAAGCUGAAAGGAUCAGAUAAAAAAUUACCACAGGUUCUUGAGAUGACGAGUAUGUUAAAGCGAGGAAUUGGGAAACAUCACAGCGGUAUCUUACCGAUCAUGAAAGAAAUGGUGGAAAUGCUGUUCCAGAAAGGUCUCGUCAAGGUCCUCUUUGCCACAGAAACAUUCGCCAUCGGCGUAAACAUGCCGGCAAGGACAGUGGUCUUCGACUCAAUACGGAAACAUGAUGGCACAUGCUUCCGGAACCUACUGCCGGGCGAGUACAUCCAGAUGGCCGGGAGAGCUGGACGGCGAGGACUGGAUACGACUGGUACAGUUAUUGUCAUGUGUAAGGGAGAUGUGCCUGAGACCGCAGAGCUGCACAUCAUGAUGUUGGGCAAACCGACGAAGCUGGAAUCACAAUUUCGUCUGACCUACUCCAUGAUUCUGAACCUGCUACGAGUUGAGAAACUCCGGGUACAGGACAUGAUGAAGAGGAGUUUCUCCGAGACAACCGCGCAGCAAAAUGUUGAAACAAACAAAAAGCGAUUGGAAGAACUCAAGGGCAAAUUGGCGAGGUUGGAGCCAGUGGAGUGUUUCACUUGUUCAGAAGAUAUAGAAAAUUAUUACAGUACUUGUUUCGAGUAUGACAAGCUGAAGAAGAAACUUCAGAAAGUUGUCUUCUCACAUCCCUUGGCAACGAAAGCCAUGACUGCUGGCAGGGUUGUAGUCGUCAAGAACCACAGUCACAAGAAUGCCGUUGGGGUCAUUUUGAAGGUCAGCCAAGGGUCAAACAAUGAACGCUCUUAUGCAACUUUAGUGUUAUGCGAGAGAGGUGCUACGAAUUUCACAAAACAAACCAAGAAAAACCUGGAUGGCCUGGAGCCCUUCGGAUCUACAGAACUCUUCUUGCCCAAAGAUUGUGCUUGUGGUCAAAUGAUUGAGAUUCUCCGGGCAGAUGAUAUCAGUGUGAUAACAAAAAAACAGAUCAAGAUUAAUGCUGAAAAGAUAAUUGAUGACGUCCGGAAGAGAGAGUUGCCUAGGUUUCGUGACAAUCCACCUGGCUCGUCCACAAGUUCAGCCACGCAGGAAUUGCUACAACUGACCGAGUCCAAUCCCACUGGUCUCCCAGGUCUUGAUGCUGUCGACGAUCUGCGCAUCCGUGAUAUAGAACUCGUUGAACAGUUCAGACAACUACAGGUGCUAGAAGGCCUCUUUGAGAACUUCAACUGUAUCAAGUGUGCUAAAUUUUCAGAACAUUUCAAUCACAUGAAAAAUAACAUGCAGGUCCAGGAGGAAUACAAGCUGAUAAAACAUCUCCUAUCGGAUGAUAGUCUGCAGCUACUACCAGAAUACGAACAACGAAUUCAGGUUCUACGAGACCUAAACUACAUUGACGACACUAACACGGUGACCUUGAAAGGUCGCGUUGCCUGCGAGAUCAACAGUCAUGAACUCUUGAUAACCGAAUCACUCUUCCAUGAUGCAUUUAAUGGGCUACAGCCCGCAGAAAUAGCUGGAAUAUUAUCAUGUACGGUGUUUGAGCAGAAGAACUGCGGGAAACCAGAGUUAUCCGACGCUUUGCAAAAGGGUAAAGAACGGAUAUGCGCCCAAGCCGAGAAUAUCGGUGUAGCCCAAAGGGAUGCUGGUCUGAAGAUCCCGGUGAGGGAAUAUGUUGAUCAGCUCAAGUUUGGGUUGACAGAGGCUGUUUUUGAGUGGUCAAGAGGAAUGCCAUUUUCGGACAUCACCAACCUCGUCCCCGACGUACAAGAGGGUAUUAUUGUCCGGUGUAUCCAACGGCUCGAUGAAAUGCUGCGGGACGUCAGGAAAGCUGCCAAAAUAAUCGGCGAUCCGGUUCUACAAUCCAAGAUGGAGGAGGCGUCCACAUUAAUAAAACGAGACAUUGUGUUUGCAGCUAGUCUUUACACCCAGACAUAAAGAGUGAUAUUUCCAGACAUUCUGUUCUAUUUCUGCUCUGCUCAAAUGCAAUUUCUCUGAAGCAUUUCAACAGCAAGUCAUAAAGUUGGCCAACAAUUUUGGUUCCUUGGGUAUAGACUUAUGCUACAUGUACACAUUGAUAUCAACAUCUCAAGUGUAUAAUUUUCUGCAAAUUAAGAAUCUGUGCCUCCAAAUUAAAGAGUAUUUUUAUGCUAUAGUUUGAAUAAAUCGGAAUCAAAUUCAAUACAAGUGUCGUUUAUCUCUGCUACACUUGGCCAACAAUGAGAUAUUCUGGACUGGUUAAGAAUUUUCCUGGCUUGGCAUUUUGACGUUAGCACCCUCCCCCUCCAUCCCUGCACGGACACCGUGUAGUGCCUUGUCCAUGAUUUCUUUGCAUCCUUGAAGGUGUACCUUGCAGGUGUACCUUGCAGGUGUACCUUGCAGGUGUAUCUUGUGUUGAUAACAAUUGUGGCCUCCCUUUGAUCCAAGAGUCCGAGUGCCUCCAAAUUUGGUUUGUAACCACUUUGUUAUUUGUCAGUCAUUGAGAUUUUUCUGCUCCAGUAGUCUUUGUCUCUAUAGAAUGAAGGCGUAGAGCGGGG